AUGAGGCCCCGCUGCCGGGCGGCCGCGCUGCUGCUGCUCGCGCUGUCGGUGCUGCUGCUCGCGCUGCGGGCCCUGCGCCCCGGCCCCGCGCCCCCGCCGCCCGCGCGCCCCGCGCCCGCCACGCCGCGCCCCCCCGCGCCGGCCCCCGCGCGCCCCGCCGGCCGGGGCGCCCCCAUCUGGGCGGGCCCAGGCGCCCCGCCGCACCGGCCCCCGCGUCCGCGCCCCCGAGCCGGCCGCCGCCGGGGCGCACCGCGCCCGGAGAAGUUGGCGAGGAGACCCGGAGAGCCCAGGAGUUCCCGUGCUGCGCUGCCCCAGAGGCUCUGGAUGCACCUGGCUGUGGUGGCCUGCGGCAACCGGCUGGAGGAAACGCUGGUCAUGCUGAAGUCAGCCGUGCUCUUCAGCCACAGGAAGAUGCACUUCCACAUUUUCACAGAAGAAUCUCUGAAGCCCGAGUUUGAUAAGCAGUUACAGCAGUGGCCUGACUCGUAUACGGAGAAGUUUGUGCACAGAAUCUACCCCAUCACAUUUUCCACGGGAAACCCCCAGGAGUGGAGGAAGCUGUUCAAACCCUGCGCUGCCCAGAGACUCUUCCUCCCGGUGAUUUUAAAGGACGUGGACUCGCUCCUCUACGUGGACACAGACGUCCUCUUUCUGAGGCCCAUCGAGGACAUCUGGAAGCUCCUGUGGCAGUUCAACGCCACCCAGCUUGCCGCCAUGGCCCCUGAGCACGAAAUCCCUAAGACCGGCUGGUACAGCCGCUUUGCCCAGCACCCUUUCUAUGGCUCUGCAGGAGUUAAUUCAGGAGUCAUGCUAAUGAAUUUAACUCGUAUAAGAAGCACCCAGUUCAAGAACGGCAUGAUUCCAACAGGGCUGGCUUGGGAGGACAUGCUGUACCCUCUAUACCAGAAGUACAAGAAUGCCAUCACGUGGGGAGACCAAGAUUUAUUAAAUAUUAUUUUUUACUUCAAUCCAGAGUGUCUCUAUGUGUUCCCCUGCCACUGGAACUACCGUCCUGACCACUGCAUGUAUGGUAGCAACUGCAAAAGGGCGGAGCUCGAAGGGGUGUCUGUUCUACAUGGGAACCGUGGCGUCUACCAUGAUGAUAAGCAGCCGACUUUCAAAGCCCUCUAUGAAGCCAUACGGGACUUUCCCUUUCAAGACAAUCUCUUUCAAUCCAUGUAUUACCCUCUUCAGUUGAAGUUUUUGGAAACUGUACACACUUUAUGUGGACGAAUCCCACAAGUGUUUCUGAAGCAAAUUGAGAAAACAAUGAAAAGGGCUUAUGAGAAGCAUGUCAUCAUGCAUGUUGGCUCCAACCAGAUGCGCUGA